UGGGGAGGGAGGGGGGAGGAGGCGGGAAUCCCGCAGUUGAGCCGCGGAGGUGACACGUAAGUGCGGGGCUGGAAGGCGGCCAGGGCGACCCAGGAGGAGGAGGAGGAGGAGGAAGAAGAGGUGCCCCCCCCCCAAGGGGAAAAGUUGCCCUUGAGAGAGAGAGAGAAAGGAACUUUUAGCCUGAGGGGGGAGGCAGAAGGAGGGGGGAAGCCCCGGUUGGAGAAGGGGUCUCGGGGAGGCAGGCAGGAGCCCGCCUGCAACAGGAGAGAGACAAGAAGGGGGCAAGUCAGGUGGGCCAGCUGGCCAGGAACAAAAGAGACCUUGGGGGCCAUAACCUUGGGAUUUGCCCUUAGGAAGCCCCUCCUCAUAAACACAAAAGUAUUUUGCUAAAGAGGAGAGAUCCAAUCUGGGAUGUCUUCUCUCUCCUAAGCAUCCUAAGUGGAUAGAGUUCCAUCCAAAGGGCAAGAAGCAUUGAGAAGAGCUCAGCUUCAGCCUCCUUUGGCCUUACUCUUCUUCACUGGCCACUUUGCCCUGUCUGCAGGAUGGCCUGAGAUGCCUGGCAAGGCUUGAGGCCAAAGGGGUUAUAGUUAGGGCCAGAGUCUAUGGCCCAAGCUUGUUUCUUCUGGUGGCCUCACUCCUGGUGCCCUUACCCCCAUGAGGAGGGUUGCCUAAACGUUGAAGUCUAGAGGCGGACAAGCUCCCAGAUUCCCCCAAGGGAAGGACUAUGGGCAACGGGAUGUGUUCCCGAAAGCAGAAGCGCAUCCUGCAGUCCCUCUUGCUCCUCACCGUGGUCUUCGGCUUCAUCUACGGGGCCAUGCUCUACUACGAGCUGCAGAACCAGCUCAAGAAGGCAGAGGCCGUUUCCAUCAAGUACCAGCAGCACCAAGAGGCCCUUUCGGCACAACUCCAAGUUGUGUAUGAACACCGGUCAAGACUGGAAAAAUCUUUACAGAAAGAGAGACUUGAACAUAAGAAAGCAAAAGAAGACUUUCUUGUUUAUAAACUUGAAGCACAAGAAACACUAAAUAAAGGAAGGCAAGAUUCCAAUAGCAGGUACAGUGCAUUGAAUGUACAACACCAGAUGCUGAAGAGUCAACAUGAAGAAUUAAGGAAACAGCAUUCGGACCUGGAAGAUGAUCAUAGGAGACAAGGAGAAGAUUUUAACCGUGUGAUCAAUGAUCAUAAACAGAGAUACGCAGAGCUACAGCAAGAGAAAGAGCAGGAGCUGUCAAAGAUAAAGGAAUCCAUAUAUAAUCUGCGAGAAGAGAACAGGCAGUUGAGGAAAGCCCACCAAGAUAUUCAUACUCAGCUACAAGAUGUGAAGCUGCAGCAUAAGAAUUUGCUCUCCCAACAUGACCAGCUUGUAGUGACAUUGGAAGAACACAAGAGUGCACUAGACGCUGCACAGUCCCAGGUGGAGGAAUACAGGCAGCUGAAGGACACCCUGAAAAAGAUGCCCAGUUUCCAGAAGCCUGAAAGUUUUAACCAGCCACAUGCUCAGCUAGAGACACCAACACCUUUUCCACUAAGUGAUUCCAAAGCACAUGGUGCAAAUGCUGAUGAAAAGCAGGUUGUGCUGAAUGGUGAACAGCCACUAGGAGGAGGAGAAACCAACAGAGGAGUUCAUUCAGAAGGAAGAGAAGAGAGAGUUGGACUGUUCCAUCCUGGCAGAAAAGAGUUUGAAGGUCAUGUAUUGAGGGAGUUAAAUAUACAGGAGAAGCAGGAAGCUGGAGAGGAUGAAGAACAACAUGUGGAGCAAGUUGGAGAGGAACACAAAAAGGAACUUGAGGAAGAGGAAAUGGAGCAAGCAGGGCAACCAGAGCACCUAACAGAGGAUCUAGACCAAGUCCCUGGGGAACAUGACUGGAAGGAGAAAGAUCGGACUGAAGAAGAGACCAAGAUUAUGCAGGAACACAAUCAUUCAGAGGAACCCCCAACUGCAAAGACUGUAACUAUACAUAGGUACAAAUCACCCUAUGAAGAGCAGUUGGAGCAACAGAAGUUGGCUGCUCAGAGAGCAGAAGAAGCCAACCGCCUCCGGGAACGACAAGAGUCUCUGCAUCAAGGGAAGCUUCAGGAACAGUUGCUAAGGCAGCAGCAGCUUCAAGAAAGAGAGUUGACUCUACGGAAGCAGGCAGAGCAGGACGAAGAAAACUUCAAGCACCAACUGAGCCAACAAUCCCAUUAUGACAACCUAGAUCAGGAUAUUGUGCAAGGAGAAGAGCAAGGUGCCCAGGAAGAAGAGGAAGAAAACUAUGAGCGACAGAACCAGCAUUUGGAUGAAGCAGAGGAAGACCAAAAUAAUGCAAAUGAACACCAUGAUCGGGAACUGGACCACCAAGCUAUGAGUGAGCAGAAUGAUGAUCCGAAGACAGCUGGCGAUGAUGUCAACCCGGCCGACGAUCCCAAUAAUCAGGGUGAAGAUGAAUUUGAAGAAGCAGAGCAAGAGAGAGAAGAGAAUCUACCUGAUGAGAAUAAGCAGCUAAAAUCAAAUAACCAGAAGCAACAAAACCCUGAAAUGGAUGAGCAUUUAGUGAUGGUGGGUAAUCCUGAUCAGCAAGAAGACAACAUUGACGAACAGUACCAAGAAGAGGGAGAAGAAGAGGCCCAGGGAGAUUUGACAGAAGAGAAGAAAAGGGAGUUGGAACACAAUGGUGAAGAACCGUAUGGUGAAAAUGAUGAAAAUGCUGAAGAGAAAAUGAGUGAAGGUGCUGAUCACGAAAUUCCAGAAGAAUCCCAUCGGAAAGAAGGUCAUGAUGAAAACUAUGAAGAGCAGGAUGAGGAAGAGGAAGACGAGGAAGGUGAUACUGCAGCCGCAAAAGCCCAUAGACGAGGAGAAAUGUAAAUUUCAAGCUACUCUGCUCCUUCUUGGAAAUAGACUGUGCAGAUCCUAGAGAAGGACAGAAUGAACCUUUUAAAAACCAAUACAUAUGUAUUAUUAUUUUUGUUGGAUUUUUGUGCGUUUAUAUGAAUACAAUAUUUUAGAUUAGUUUUCUUUUUAUAUAAAUGCAAGAGACAGUGUUUCUUCACCCUUAUUUCCUCCUCCCACCACCACUACCUUAAUUUUUAUAUUGAUGUCUUUUUUAAAAAAAAGUUUGAGUUUCAACUUUGACAUUGUCCCAAUAGUGGCCAGUCUUUUACCCUAAAAUGCCAUUGUUUGCAAAACAGCAACAAAAGAAGUGCCUGUGCAUGAUAUUUUGGGAAAGGGCUGUGAGAUGCCUUGCACCAACAUCUCAAUUUUGUGGGUCUUCCCACUGUGGUGCCUUGCCACACAUUCAUUUUCAUUGCAGUGAAUUUGUCCUGAGUUUUGUCUGAAGCGAUCAGGUAAAAACUUAGUUGUUCCCGAGUUACUAUGCCAGAAACAGCAGCAUUUUAGGCAUCAUAUCAUAACAUUCAAGUGCACUGUAACGCAGCAUUAUUAUUAUUUUUUGCAUUCCUCCUGAGGAGACAUUGAAUAUUUUGGAUUAUUCAAAACACAGCUGGGAAAAUAAUGUGUUAAACAUUAGUUUGUUGUCCCUAAUUCUUUAAAAAGUUAGAGAAGUAUUUCUUAAAUUCAUAAUUUUAAUUGCUAAACUCCAGUGACAUUAUUUUUGAGCAACAAUCUUUUUACCAUUUGUCACCAGCCAUUUUUAAUCAUUGUAAAUGAUUUUCUCAUUAAGAUUUUCAUGUCAAUGAAUUCAAUAUAUUUAGCAAUACCAAUGUAUUAGUGCUAAGUCUAAUCUUUCCAAGCUCUAGAUCCAAUCAAUUCCAUCUAUGCAGCUGCAGUACUGAACAAACAUAUACUUGUACACACACAUCACAGUGGUGUGUGAUUAUAUGAUAAGGCACAGUAGUUUGUUUAAGGGAGUGUUCAGAUUGAAAGAUUAUUUUAUGCCAUUUCAGACAGUUAUACAUUUCUAGACAGGUUUUCUGGUGUAAGACCAACAAUUAGUUGUCUUUAGUGCUUUUUCUUAAGAGCACAGAGAUAACAUAUUAGCAACAUACGUUGACUUAAUAAUUCUUACAGCAACGUUUUCAUGUGGAGCAGUGUUAUUUUCCUUAUAUUUCAACACUGAGAAAUUACUCUUUGAUGUAUUUCCUUUGCUAGGAGUUAUCCUCUUUGUUUAGUCUGCACUGUUACUCAGUGCAGUUCAUCCCAAUUCAACAAACUUUGCAGGGUCUCAUAAUUCCCAGGCAAACAAUAGACUCAAAUUCUGGUAUAUUGUGCAGAAUGAGCAAUGAAACAACAAACAACAAAGAGCAUGGAUUUGGAUAGUCUGGACACAACAAGACUGCAGCCUUUUAUCUCAGUAUCCAUUACAGCCCCAAAAACGACUUCUGCCACAUAUUCAGUUGUGAAGCAAACACGCAGUGCAUAUUUUGACUUGGAGGGGUGGAAUUCAAAGUUGGAAAUCUAUGACAAAGGAAUUUCAAGAUGUCCAGGAUCAUGUUAUUUAAAUGUUAUAUUGUAAUUAGGUCAGUGAGUUACAACAUGUUUACUAUGAAUUACAUGGAGGCCAGUGCAAACUUGAAUACUUCCCCAGUCUGAAACCAGGCCUAAGGAGUCAAAAGAAGGCUUGUGUGCUCCACCCAGUAUCCCUCAACCAUCUAAUUCUUUCACGGGAAGAAUUUUAUAACCAAUCUUCUUGAGAGGAUUUCGAACUAGGGCUUGAAAUUGAUUUUGUAGCCCAGGUAAGCUAGGAAAAAUUAUUUUAAUGGAGUUACCAUUUCUUUUUACUACGAUUUCCAGCAUAUACUAGCCAGUAUGACUAAAUCUUGCUGACUUUGGGAUUCUGAGUGUUGUGGCCCUCAUAGUAACUGUUUCCCAAAUUCUGGUGGUGAGAAUUAAAUUGUUCUUUCACAAAGUUGGAUGUACCACAGCCCUUAUUCAAAACAAAAUUCAUUUGUGAGUCUACUAAUUAUUACAUUUUUUAGAAGGAGACGGAUCAGUUUGGUGAUUUUUCACAAUCUUGUCUGGUUUCAUCCUGAGGUGAGAGGACUCUAGGUAUUUUAGUGGUUUUUCUAGUAAAUUAGACCUGGAUGCUGAUGUCAUGCAGCAUAUCUCUCCCUGGUGCCAUUAUUUUGCAGCUCUUCUCCAAUUCUGUUCUCAGAUUGUUAGCUAGGCAAAUGCUUAUUAGUUGCAUGGAUGAUGUGGCUUGUGACCCCUCAGUAUCGAAGGACAUGCUGCAGUUCAUGAAAGAUGCUCAAAUUUUGCAACCAUGGCAGGGUAUUUAAGGUUGCUAUUAAGUGUAUUCAUUAGACAAGCUAUCUUGUGUGUGCUCAUGCAGGUAAUUUGUAACACAAUGGCUGGAAUCCAUUCUAGUAUGGCAGGGGUUUGGAUUUGUCACCCCUUGAGAUCUCUUCCAACACUAUUAUUCUAGUUAUCAGUGCAUAACAUUGUCACUGGUUCAUAUUCCCUGUCCUUAUGUAUUCACUUCUUUAGGGAAAAUAUAGGUUUUGUGAAAGCCUCCUCCCCUCCCGCAGUCCAUGUACUGGUCAGCAGCUGCUGCCGUUCAUCUAUCAAUUGGGAAGCAUCUGACUGACUUUCUCCUUCCUGUGAGCAAUCUCUGGCAUGAAAGGGAAUUGCAAUAAGGUCUCUUUUCCUGCCUCCCAUAAGCAGAGAUUGUUUAUGGAAGGAAUUGGAAGUGUCAGUUGCUUUCCAGUUAGCAGGAGAAUAGACCCUUCCUUGUAACAGCAGUUGCUGCCCAAUAACUGGUGAUUGCAGGGGACCAGGAAAAUCUGUAUGUAGCUAUAUAACUAUAGUUGCUGUGUAGCUGAUAUAGAAUUCUAGCAAAUUUAUGGUGCCUUUGACCUUGACAUGUUGCUCAUAGUUUCGCCUGGCCUGCAUUCAAAGAUCCACCAAUACAGGUCAAACAAUUGACAGUUUAAAUUCUUUAUAGACACUCAAUAGAAUGCCCAGUGAGCCCGCCACAAGAGCUUCCAGAACUUCUCUUGGGAACAUAACAUACUCUUCCAAAAAUGGGAAAUCAGUUUGUUAUAUUUAUAUAAAUGUCACUCGGUUUUUAUCUUCACAACCCUGUGAAAUCAAUUGAGUGACUGGCUCCAACUUAGCCUCUCUUGUAUCCAGUGUCCUUGCACUAGCACAAGACAUGGGUUAUAUUUUUUCAAUAUCAGUGUCUAUUGUGCAGAAAGCUGUUGUUCCAUGCAUUGUGCAAGAAUUUGUGUAGUUGUUUGUACCAUCACUUGCACAAUUAUUUUGUACGAUCCUUUGUGCAAAGGGCUCAUGCAGCAGAAAUCUACUAGUAGGAAUUUUGACUCCAUUGGUAUUGAAUUAGAUGUAAUGGGUUUGUGGGUUUCUUCAGCUCAGGUCCACUGCAGUCUAACCAGUGCAAAUACCCUUUCCUAUGUGUUGUACUAAAGAGUUGUAAUCAAUGAAAGAAAGUUUGCAACACAUAUUUUCAUUUUCAGAAGCAGUGUACGAUUUGUAAUGUAUGGGUUAUGUUACUUCAGCCUUUUUACACAAGUGUAAUAUAGUUCAUUUUGUACUAACCUGAUAAUUUGCUUUUAUAAAUGUUUUCAAUUAUUCUUUAUAUGGAUUUUUAAAGUAAGCAACUUCUAACACUUCUCUGGACUGUAUGUGUGAAGUGCAAAUUUGAAAUUUUCUGAUUGCCACAAAAAUGAUUUAUCUUAAAUGUAGGGUAAAAGGUAUCCCUGUUUACAUAUAUAGCUGUAAAGUGUAUAAUAUGUACAUAAUCUUUGGAAUACAAAUUUUUGAUACAUUUUGUGUGUAUUUUUAAUGCUGGGAGGCAGUAUUUAAUUAUUUUGAGGCAUAUUUGGAGGCCACAAAUAAACAAUAAAAUUUAAGGUAACAUUUA